AUGCUGAAGAAGUUCCAGCUCUGCCUGUUGGUCAUCCUGCUGCUUUCCUGCGGCUUCCUCUACCAGCUCUUCCUGAAGUCCAGCUGCCUCUUCUGCUUGCCCCCCUACAAGUCCCAGCAGGGGCCAGAAGCCCUCCUGGGCAAGGGACGCAGCAUUGUGUUCCUAGAGACCUCUGAGAGGACAGAGCCGUCCCCGCUGGUCUCCUGCGCUGUGGAGUCAGCUGCCAAGGUUUACCCUGAGCAACCGGUGACGUUCUUUAUGAAGGGUCUCAGCAGUUCCCUGCAACUGCCCCCAAACUCCACUCAUCCAGCCUUUUCCCUCCUCUCAGCAAUAGACAAUGUCUUCCUCUUUCCUCUGGACAUGAAAAGGCUGUUUGAAGACACACCACUGUUCUCGUGGUACACUCAAAUCAACGUCAGUGAACAGAGACAUUGGCUCCACGUCAGCUCAGAUGCAUCCCGCUUGGCCAUCAUCUGGAAAUAUGGGGGCGUCUACAUGGACACCGAUGUCAUCUCGAUCAGGCCCAUCCCUGAGGAGAACUUUUUGGCUGCACAGGCUUCUCGGUACUCUAGUAAUGGGAUUUUUGGAUUCCUCCCUCACCACGCCUUCCUAUGGGAGUGCAUGGAAAACUUUGUUGAACACUACAAUUCAUACAUUUGGGGCAACCAGGGUCCUGAGUUGAUGACGAGGAUGUUGAGACUGUGGUGCAGACUUGAAGACUUCCAGGAGGUGAGCGAUCUCAGAUGUUUGAACUUGUCCUUUCUACACCCCCAAAGAUUUUACCCCAUUUCCUAUCUAGAGUGGAGGCGCUACUACGAAGUCUGGAACACAGACCCAAGCUUCAACGACUCCUAUGCCCUGCACCUGUGGAACUAUAUGAACAAGGAAGGGAGGGGCGUGGUCAGAGGCAGCAACACGCUGGUGGAAAAUCUCUACCGUAAGCACUGUCCCAGGACUUACAGGGACCUAAUUCAAGGCCCAGAUGGAUUGGUGACUCAGGGGGGUGGGUCCAGUUUGGUCAAGAAAUCUCAGGUACUUUCCAUAAUGGAGAAUAACUUAUGUAUCACCAUCGUCAUUGGGCGGCAGUUUGUCAUAAUUCAAAAGCUUUGGAGUUUGACAGAACUUGAUUUGAAUCUUGGCUUCAUUACUUAG